UGCCCAGUGGUUGCAGUUGCUGAUGAUUUCACGGCAACAGCAGUGAAACACAGAGUGUGCUCUGAUAGCUGGUUACUGAAUGAGAUACUGCAAAUGGGUGGAAAGAAAAAAGACAGCAUGUGAGAGAGAGUCAGAAAGACACAGAGAGGGAAGCUGAGAGCAAGCAAAGUGCUCCGGCUCGAGGAGAGUCACCCAGGUGUACUGCAGAAGCUUUUUGGAAAUGGAUGCAAGGACCAUCUGCUGCCUAUAGAUUAGAGGGCUAUAGACUAGGGGUAGAGAGAAAGAUCUUAUGGCUCUUUUGAAUAAAAAUCGAAGUUCUGCAUAAGUGAUUCAUCAGGAUAAAUGAUGAGUAUGCUCUUGCAUGGGAUAUUAAUGUAUAAAUCCAUGCUACAGAUAGACAGAGUACAGCCUACAUUGCUAUGAAAAAUAAAGCCAGCAACAAUGCAGUGAAUAAAUUCUGCAGUGAAUAAAUUCUGCAGUGAUUAUCUGAUUUAUGUACGAAGAAAAAGAGAAGCAAAACACAGACAGCUCUUAUCGCACUGUGACAUUUUCAAGGCACUGCAUUUAAUGCUGAGAGAUGCUAUACAUUAAAUCUGACAACUGUGAAAAGAGAGAUCAUGGAGAAGUCAAGUAGUGAGGAUUCUUCAAUUCACCGGAGUCCAUCUUUGGAUAGCAAAGACUCAGAUUUUGCUAAACCUUCUACCUCAGGGAGGCAAUUUGGUCGAGGUUUUACUGCUGGAGCUUUCUAUGAAUUUAAGAAGUGCAACAUGGCAAGAGGCUGCCUGUGUUGUUUGAAAUACAUGAUGUUCCUUUUCAAUUUAAUAUUUUGGUUAUGUGGCUGUGGGCUGCUGGGCGUGGGCAUCUGGCUGUCAGUGUCACAAGGAAACUUCGCCACAUUUUCUCCUAGCUUUCCAUCGCUUUCAGCUGCCAACCUAGUCAUUGCCAUUGGUACAGUCAUCAUGGUGACCGGCUUUCUGGGCUGCCUAGGUGCUAUCAAGGAAAACAAGUGCCUCCUGUUGAGUUUUUUCAUCGUUUUGCUGGUAAUUCUCCUGGCAGAGCUGAUAUUACUGAUUUUGUUCUUUGUUUAUAUGGACAAGGUCAGUGAGAGUGCAAAGAAGGAUUUGAAGGAAGGUAUGAAGCUAUACAACUCAGAAAAUAACAUUGGACUGAAAAAUGCAUGGAAUAUCAUUCAAGCAGAGAUGAAAUGCUGUGGCGUGAAUGACUUUACGGAUUGGUACCCAGUGCUGGGAGAAAACACUGUCCCAGACCGAUGUUGUACGGAAAACUCCCAAGACUGUGGACGGAACUCCACUGAGUUAGUGUGGAAAACGGGAUGUUAUGAGAGAGUUAUGACCUGGUUUGAUGAGAAUAAGCAUGUCCUUGGUUCGAUUGGGAUAUGCAUCCUCAUAAUGCAGAUUCUUGGCAUGGCCUUCUCCAUGACACUCUUCCAGCAGAUUCACAGGACUGGCAAAAAAUAUGAUGCCUAAAACCUCUGAAACAUUAUCAUAUCAACCCUUCUGUCUCAUCAUAAAAAUGAACAAAAGGAAUGACCGCAAAGAGUAUCAAGCCUAGCCCUGCUGAGGGAAUCCGUCCCAUUGACAGAUCUACUUUGUUGUUACUUGUCCAGUUAUUACCACAACCUGACUCUUUUUUUUUGUCUGUUUCACAUUUGCCAUUUAUUUGCCAAAGAGGGGGGAAACCCCCCAAACAAUGGAUUUUCUAAACAAAUUCAUAGAUCUGCUCUAAGAAUGUUUCUUAAGAAACUGUUUUGCUCUACUAAUCCAUGCUAUAUGUGCAAAAAUU